AUGCAUGAGCCGUUAUUACCGAGAUUCUUUUCACUUCUACAAGGAACAAGACCGGCAUGGACUCCCUGGUCACGGUGCUCACAUAGAACCGGCACUCAUUUUAGCCCCCGAAUAAGUCCGCUGGUCUCAACGAGGGGGGCUACGCUCACAAGUCGAAGAUUAAAUGAUAAUCAUGACAUCCGUCUUCCAGAGGAGAUCAGCAAACAGAAUUCCUUCAAGCAACAAGUCUUUGACCAAUCCAUCGCCUUAUCUCGGAGUCGUAUGAAUGAAUCUACCGAAUUAAAGUGUGCAUUAUUCAACGCAAAUGGCUCCACUGCGUUCAAAGAGACACGCCUUACAAAGGCCGAGGUUGCUCAGCAAUAUGGCAUCGAUGGCCGGGAUCUAAGAAAUGCGGACCUUAUCUCUGAGGGGAUCCCACAUAUCUUGGUCAGGCCGUCCGCGAUAUUUAUCAGUAUCUUUACCCUGCGUCUUCUUAUCCAGUGUGAUGGAGCUCUGCUCUUCCUUCUCGACUCCGAGACUGAUGGUGUGAAAAUGCAAGAUGUAUUCGAACACAAUCUGCAGAGCAGAGUGCGUACCGAAAUGGGAUUGGGAUCUUCGCCCAGCCUUCCUUUCGAACUACGCGUCGUUGAUGCAGCUCUGGCGUCUGUCACGGCAAUUCUUGAAGCAGAGCAUCUAAUCCUCCGUGGAGAGGUGGAGAAGCGUCUUCAAGAUUCCAAGCAGGAAGAUGUUGUCCACCUGGCUUUGCGCGAACUGUUAGAACAUGGAAAGAAUCUGGUCACUAUUGAGCAGCGAGCUCGCCAGGUCCGCUCCGCUCUGCAGGAGCUUCUUAACAACGACGAUGAUCUCGCAACUAUGUAUCUGACAGAUCGUCAGGCUGGGAGACCACAUGCUAUCGAAGAUCAUCAAGAAGUCGAAUACCUGUUGGAGGCAUAUUAUAAGAACGCGGAUGCAAUUGCAGAGUCUUCUGGUGCCCUGGUGGACGAAGUUAAUCGCACAGCAAGAGCUAUUCAAUCCAUUUUGGAUGUUCGACGAAACCAGAUCAUGAUCUUCGAAGCUCAUAUCGAGAUUUGGAUGCUCGGAUUUGCAGUUUCUACUUUUGUGGCGGGUCUUAUUGGGAUGAAUGUGGUCAACUAUAUGGAACACACCCCCUAUGCAAUUGUCUGGCUUGCUUCGGGAUGUGUAAUAGCGACACUACUCAUCUCGAGGAUUGGAAUGUGGAAGCUUCGAAAAGUCCGGAAAAUGCAGCUUUAG